GCACACAUUACUAAGCUCACUCUUUUAUUAUUUUUUUCUCGCUUUGGAUUUUCUCGAGAAAAUUUUUUCCAUCAAAAGAAGAAACGAAAAUGGCUAGGUCUGCUAAAGGCAAUCAAGAUGAAGAAUUGGUUGAUGAUGACGAUCAAGACCUCUUCACUGCAAACAAUUCUUCUUCUCUCAACAACAAUGUGAAGGUGGAUGAACCUAACAGAGGGAAAAGGGCUAACCCUCAUCGUUCUAAGCAUUCAGAAACUGAGCAGCGUAGAAGAAGCAAAAUUAAUGAAAGAUUUCAGGUUCUUAGAGAUCUGAUACCUGAAAAUGAUCAAAAAAGAGAUAAAGCUUCUUUUUUGUUGGAGGUUAUUGAAUAUAUUCAGUUCCUAAAGGAAAAGUUACAAGUUUAUGAACAAUCUUAUGAAGGAUGGAGUCAGGAGCCAACUAAAUUAAUUCCAUGGAGAAAUCUUCAUGGACCUGCUGAAAACACUACGGAUGCUUCUCGAGCUAUUCAAAAUGGGUCUAUUCAAAAUGGUAUGGUGACUCAACAGAUGAUGGAGUUGCCUGUAUCUAAUGCUGACAUGGAUACCAAUCUCCAGCAUCAAGUAUGGCUUAGCAAACCAAACAAGGACUAUAUUGUUCCAAAUAAUACAUUGAAGGAUCAAGAGGAGAUGAAAAUUGAAAGUGGAUCGGAGUCAGAUAGCGUCUCAAGUGCCUAUUCUCAAAGAAUAUUGGGUACUCUCACCCAAGCGCUGCAAUCUUCAGGUGUAGAUUUGACCCAGGCCAGUGUCUCAGUGGAUAUUGAUGUUGGUCGGCGAGCAAAUACUGGGUUGACCCCCUGCCAAUAUAGCUCAAAGGGUCAUCAUGAAAAUCCAUUUGUGAACAAUCAAGCAAUGGCAUGUUCAGGAAUGGAUUACUUCAGUGAGGAUUCUGAACAGAGUCCAAAGAGGUUCAGACAAGAAUCAAGCUAGUGAUUCACUUCAUGUUCAUUUUGUGCUGUUUAAAUAUUAUUAUUAUUUUUUGGUGUUGAGCUGAGGGAAAGUGGGAUUAAGGGUAGGUGAAGUUAUUUUUGUCAUGCCGUGUAGAUUUAGAUAAAAUGUAUAUUUCAUGAUUCUGGUUUUGAAAUAAGCGUAUGGAAGUAUGGAAGAGCUUAUUUACAACUUAUAUAAAGUUAUGAGACCAUCACUUGUGUAAGUAUUUUUGGAGAAUUUAUGAAAUAAUUUAGGUCUGUAAUUGUUUAGUAUUCUCUUUAUAACAGGUAAGUAUUCUCUUGUUAGCUUUUAAUUAUAA